UCAAAAAUAUUCCAAGGACUAAAAAGUAAAAAUAUCUGUUCUAGGCAUAGUUAGAGACGGAGACAAACAGGAACAAAAGGGAGAUCGAAGUAAAACACCAUAAUAACAUAAUAACACGCAUUGUUCAGUUUUGAUCUUUAGCUGUUUUUAAGAUAUUAAUGGCCGCAAAAUGUGUACAAUCAAUUCAUGAAGAACACACAUCAUCCUUGACUUAUGGAAGCUCUCCGUCAGAAAUGCACACUGCCAUUAAAAGUGAACUUGCCUCUACUGCAUUACUUUCAGGCGGUCAUGUCAUGGCAGCUAUAAUUAACCAGCAACCAUUAAAAAUGGACACGGAUAGUAUCAGUGGUGAGAAAAAGAAGGAUAAACGCUCUCGCAAACGUAGAAAUAAUAUAUUAUGUCCUGGAGAGGAAUCUGAUGGUGGGAAGUCCGUGGAGGAUGGUAAUGAAAGACAUGAUCGGCAAAAUGAUGGCACCUCUGAAUGCUCAGGUAGUCAGGAAUCCCAGAAGGUUUCUGUUAGGUGGAACCCAAAUGGAUCAUGCAGACCCAUGAUUGAUGAAGCUCCUGUAUUUUAUCCUAAUGAUGAGGAAUUUGAGGACACACUAAGUUACAUUGCAAAAAUUCGUGAGAAGGCAGAACCAUAUGGAAUAUGCCGUGUCGUACCUCCUCCUUCCUGGCAGCCACCUUGUCCUUUAAGAGAAAAAGGUAUAUGGGAGCAAGCUAAGUUUGGUACUCGGAUUCAACAAGUCGACAAGCUUCAAAACAGGGAGUCCAUGAGCAAGAAAUCCCGAAAUCGUAGCCACCGAAAAAGGAAGAGAAAGAGGCGCUCAAAGAUGGGAUCGAGCAGGAGGCGUCCCAAAACAGAAAGUUUUGAGAGCAAUGACUGUGCUGCCUCUGACACAGAUGAGAAGUUUGGAUUUCAUUCGGGUUCAGAUUUCAGUCUGAGCAGUUUUCAGGAAUAUGCCAAUAAUUUUAGAGAAAAGUAUUUCGGGACAAUGUAUAUUGAAGAUAAUAUAAACUACUCCGGUGAUGAACUUAACAAAUGUUCGGUGCCAUCGGUAGAAGAGAUAGAAGGUGAAUAUUGGCGAAUAGUUGAGAAACCAACAGAUGAAGUUGAGGUUCAUUACGGAGCUGAUCUGGAAACUGGGGUUUUUGGAAGUGGAUUUCCUAAAUUAUCGUCCUUGAUUACUGAAAACAAUACAGACCAGUAUGUGUUGUCUGGGUGGAACCUAAAUAACUUUCCGCGGCUACCAGGUUCAGUACUUUGUUUCGAAGGAGAAGACAUAUCUGGGGUUCUAGUUCCAUGGCUGUAUAUUGGCAUGUGUUUCUCAUCAUUUUGUUGGCAUGUCGAGGAUCACCACCUUUACUCGCUAAAUUAUUUGCAUAUGGGUGAACCUAAGAUUUGGUAUGGAGUCCCUGGAACUCAUGCUUCUGAAUUGGAGGAUGCUAUGAGAAAACAUCUACCUGAUCUGUUUGCAGAACAACCAGAUUUACUUCAUGAAUUGGUCACCCAGUUAUCUCCAUCGGUUCUAAAAUCUGAGGGUGUUCCUGUCUACCGAGUUGUUCAGCGUUCUGGAGAGUUUGUUCUGACUUUCCCUAAGGCAUACCACUCUGGUUUCAAUUGUGGAUUUAAUUGUGCUGAGGCUGUGAACGUUGCUCCAGUUGACUGGUUACCACAUGGACAAAGUGCAGUAGAGCUGUACAGUGAUCAGUGUCGAAAGACAUCUAUAUCCCAUGAUAAGUUGCUUCUUGGGGCAGCUAGGGAAGCUGUUUGUGCUCUCCAGGAGCUCUUAAUCCUUGGAAAGAAAACACCAAGAAAUUUUAGUUGGAAACGUGUUUGUGGGAAGGAUGGGAUACUUACUGCAGCAAUCAAGACCCGUGUACAAAUGGAGCAGGAAAGAAGAGAUGAUCUUCCAAUUAUUUCACGAACGCGGAGGAUGGACAGUGACUUUGAUUUCACCAAGGAGAGAGAGUGUUUUUCAUGCUUCUAUGAUUUGCACCUCUCUGCUUGUGGUUGCAAAUGUUCAUCUGACCGCUUUUCAUGCCUAAAACAUGCAAAAGUUUUAUGUUCAUGUGAACCAGGCCGGAGAUUUUUCAUUUUUCGCUAUGAUAUGGAUGAACUAAACACCCUAGUUGAAGCUUUGGAAGGAAACUUAGAAUCCUUGCGGCGUUGGGUGUCGGAGGACACAGCAGCUGAUGUCCAAAAGCUGGAUCCAGGGAAUGAGAUAUCCAAGUUCGAGUAUACUAACAGAACGGAAAAGCAAUCUUGUUCCAAACCGAGAGAAGAAAUCCCAAACAUGAAUGACCUUUGCAAGUCUGACAGUUGUUCCAAGGAUGUAAUUCACUCAGAAAAUAAAGUUGAUGUUAAAGGUAUGGGAUCAGACCGAUGCUUUGAUUUGAAUUUCCAGAGUGUGUCUGAUGAUUGUGAAUCAAAGGGACCAGAAGUACACGAUAUUUGCAUUAGAAAAGCCUCUACCAUUUCUGUGGCCGACAGUUACACAUCAAGCAUUAAAAAAGAAAAAGUUCGUCGAUGUUCUGAUGAAGCUGUAGAGCCUGAAACUAUGAGCCUUGACAAUAAAGAACAAACUAAGGGUCAGCUUAUCCGAGAGAAUUUAAGUUCUUAUUGUGAAUCUGCGGUUUCUCACUUCGAUCAGUCAACUCAAUGUGCAAUGGACGAAAUGCAUCCUUGUACAUCUAAUGGUCCUAAGCUGUUCGGAGUUGACCUUGUAAGAGUUUCACAUCCAUGUUCUCCUGUUGCAUCAACUAGCUCUGGAAGAGCCGAGAACAAAAGAUCCAAUUCAAACAUAGAAGUUUGUCCGACUGAUCAAAUAUGCGAGGCACAGAAGUUGAAUGUUGAGCCUCUAAAUCAUGGAACUGUGGUAUCUGGAAAGCAAUGGUCCAGUAACCUGAUCAAAUUUCCCAAAGGAUUUAAAAGCCGAGUCAGUUACCUUAGUGUAGUUGAUCCAACAAAAAUGUGUAGCUAUAUUUCUGAAGUUGUGGACGCUGGCCUCCUUGGUCCACUAUUUAAGGUUACAGUAGAGCACCACCCAGAUAUGGUUUUCACUAAUGUCUCGGCGCAGAAGUGCUGGGAAAUGGUAGUAGAAAGACUAAAUAAAGAAAUUCAAAAUUAUCAUUCUUCAGGUAGACAAGGUGCAUCAUCCUCAUUGCAAGAUCCCCGGAGCAUCAAUGGUCUUGAAAUGUUUGGAUUGUUGUCUCCAGAAAUUGUUAAGGUUACCGAAGGUGUUGAUGCUUAUUGUGGCUUGGAUAGUCAGCAUUCAAGCGAAAAAAGUCUUUAUGCCUUGGAUAUCGUUAAGCAGAAUGCAGGAUCAACUUACUCUCACGGGAAAUCAAUAAAUAAUAAUCUCGAUGAGGAUUUGACUAGACAACCCCAUAAUAAAAAGUUAAAAAUGGAAGUUGAUCCAUCAGUUGCUGAUUUGCAUUCUGUAUUAAAAGAAUUGCUUCUCAAGGCAAAUGCCGACCAACUGGCGAAGAUUCGUAGGGUAUUCUCUAAUGAGUUGUCUAGUACUGAUUGGAAAUCGGCGUUCAAGUUUGCGAUUGAUGAGAUUGAGAAUUAAACUAUAAAUAGCCAUGGCAUAGAAAAUCAGAAUAAACAUUCUUUUCAUUUAUUUAUUUGUUUUGAUAAUUUUUCCUCCUUAAGCAUCACACAGGUAUGUAGUGGUAGGUCCUAAUUCUUUAUUUAUGUCCACGGUGAUCAUGGGGAGGUGUAAAAUUUGUCUUCUCGUGAACAUUCGAGGUCUUUUUGUUCUAAUUGUUAUCCCAUUUUUACUUCUCACCAUUACCGAGUCUUGUACAUAAUCUAUUCCACUAAUCAAAAAGGUAGUAAUUUUUCUUC